ACUGCAAUCUGUGCGCCAACUGGCAAAGCAGCAGCACUAAUUGAUGGAAUGACAUUGCAUUCAUUUUUAAGUUUACCAGUUAAUCAAUGCAAACAUAAACUCGUUAAACUAGACAGUGAUAUUUCAAAUAGAAUUGGAGUGAAAUUGAAAGAUCUACAAUUACUAAUCAUAGACGAAAUAUCAAUGGUUGGUUUUACAAUGUUUCAACACGUCGAUGCACGUUUGCAGCAAAUAAUGAAGUCCAAAAAACCAUUUGGCGGAGUAUCAGUCAUAGUUUUGGGCGAUUUCAAUCAAUUAAGACCAGUUGGUGAUAAAUACAUAUUCCAAUUUAACAAUUCAUAUAAUGCUUUAGUAGAUAAUCCAUUAUGGUCACUUUUUGAAUUGUUCGAAUUGACGGAAAUAAUGAGACAAAAAGAUGAUAAGACUUUCGCUAUUGCAUUAAGUAAUAUACUAGCACAUGCUUUAAUGGUUUGUAGUUGUCUAAGUUCUUUACUAUUCAAUGAUUCCUCAACAAACUCAUCAAGAUGUAUUGCUACAGUUGAUCAAGAUGGUUAUCCAACAUAUCAUUUAGCAAAUGUUAUUGAUGAUCAUUUAAUGAAUAUAACUCAUGUUUUACGUGGUCAUGAGUGGCAAACAUCAACAUCAAAACAUUUACUUCUUUAUAAAGCUUUUAAUUGGUCAGCACCUAUAUAUGGUCAUUUACCAUUACUUGAACGUGAACGUGGAAGAAAAUUAUCUAAACGUGAUCCAGAAAAUGUUAUUAAUCCAAUUGAAAUUGAUUAUUAUCGUCAAAAAGGUUAUUUUCCAAAUGCUAUAUUAAAUUUUAUAACUCUAUGUGGUGGUGGU